UUGGAUGGCCGCCGAGCUGCUUUGCUUACGAGCGGCCGCGAGAGCGCGGGGUACAGCGCGCACCGUGGUGAAGCGGCGAUGUCGCUUGUGGACGUUCUAUCGCGUGACCAAGGAGGUCGUACGCCACGUCCCAGCCCCCCGUCUCAGGCGAACUCACGAACACUCUUGCGCAUACAGAAUAGUCUUGGUGCAUCGGAUGCGGUGGAUCGAGAUACGCAGGUUCAAGAUGUUGCACCACCGCGUGCGCAGCGGCAUAUCUCAGCGGCACGCCGGUGAUUCCUCCGACACAAGCCAAGGGUUUGUCUACCCGCGCCACCAGGGGCUCGCACGAAACCCUGGCAUCCGAUCUGGCAGUCUCUGGCCAGGAUCUCCGUCUCCGUUACUCACUGACGGCUCCCCUCGCCUACAGUUUGGCUCCGGGUCGACAAACCGCCAGUCAAGCACUUAUCGUCUUGAGAUCGUUCAACAUCCGUCCAGGGCGGCCGAGUUUGGAUCAUCAACGCUGACCCGACUUGCCGUUGCGCCACCUCUCAUUGCCCAGCUGUAUUUUUGUGAGCAGACUAGUCCGGAUGAUUUUGAUGAAAGCGAGCUGCCAUUCCUCAUCGCUCAAUUGUCACUCUAUAGCGCAGAUGGGUCGACCGCUCUGGACAUCAUAGGCCCGGGCGGACAGACCCCGUCUCGACAGUUGUUAUACGGCAAUUUAGUGUCAUCGCCGCACAUACUGCGCAAUCUACAGGGACGGCAGGGUGUAUAUUUCCUCUUUCCGGAUGUCAGCAUACGCAUUCGGGGACGCUUCCAGCUACAUGUCACUCUGAUUCGUAUCCCCAGGAUCAGCCCCAGCGGUGCGCUGAAUACCGCGGACCAGGGCGCUAUGCUCGCCCGUGCCCGUUCGAUGCCGUUCGAUGUCUAUGCACGCGCAGAGUAUGUCGCACCAGCACAAACUCCCCUAACGCAGUACUUCAUGCAGCAGGGUGUUCGAAUGUACGCGUUUGCCUCUUCCGUUCAGUUCAUGCCGGGCCACCGCUGAAGUAUAUCGUGUUCCCAAGGACUGUCUCUUGUCUGCGGCGCCCCUAGAGCUUCUUUCGCCCGCGCCUCCACACUUUCGUUUUUUACCCGCGGCUGUGGAUCGCACGAUUUUCGUUAUUCGCCCUUCUAGCCGCAGACCGUUGUUCGUCUCCC